CAUAUCCACUGGCUGCUCUAUUAGAAGAGCUCGCUGUUGCUUUACAGUUUUACUGUUUGAGUGGUAAUGUUUCGAGAGACAUCCUUAUGACAGCCUGAGGCAUUUUUUUGCUAUCAAGACGGAACAAUGUUGAGCUCUUUGUGCACAGCUGGAAUCAUCAAUUUUGUGAAUGAUGCUCGGGGUCCGAUGGUUUCGGGACGGCUGGAUUUCGACCAGAACUUGGACUUCUCGGACACGAUGGUCCAAAAAAACCUGGAUGAAAUCAAGGAUCAGAUAAAGCGAGAGAUCCGCAAAGAGCUGAAGAUCAAAGAAGGAGCCGAGAACCUGAGGAAGGUCACUACUGAUAAGAAGAGUCUGGCGUAUGUGGACAACAUGCUGAAAAAGUCCAACAAGAAGGUGGAGGAGCUGCACCAGGAGCUUCAGGAACUGAACGCACACAUAGUGGUGAAGGACCCUGAGGAGGUUGUAGAGUACCCACUAACUCCAGACACCCCCAAGAGUGAAACCCGGAUGUCCACCAACAGCAAUCGUCUGGCCGCUCUGAAGAAACAGGCCGACAUUGAGCUCAAAGUCAAACAAGGAGCGGAAAAUAUGAUACAGAUGUAUUCCAAUGGCUCUUCCAAGGACCGCAAACUCCUUGCAGCAGCUCAGCAGAUGCUUCAGGACAGCAAGACAAAGAUAGAGUUCAUUCGAAUGCAGAUCCUCAAAGCCAGCCAGACCAGCGAGAUAAACUACGAGAACAAUGAUGUGACUACAAGCAAGCCCAUCAUCAGCCCUCUGGACCUGAGGAUAGAGGAGCUGCGACAUCACUACCGGAUAGAGUCUGCUGUGGCCGAUGGUGCCAAAAAUGUGAUGAAGCUAUUGGGAACAGGAAAGGUGACAGAGAAGAAAGCUCAUUCUGAGGCUCAAGCCCGCUUGAAUGAGUCUAGUCAGAAGCUGGACUUGCUGAAGUUUUCUCUGGAGCAGAGGCUCAGCGAACUGCCCAAAAAUCACCCAAAGGGCACCCUGAUCAUGGAGGAGUUAGCAAUGGUGGCCUCCCCUCCUAACAGUCCCCGCCAAAGCAUCAUGUCCACCAGCAACCAGUACAGCACUGUGGCCAAACCUGCUGCCCUGACCGGCACAUUAGACGUGAGGCUCAUGGGCUGUCAGGACCUUCUGGAGAACGUCCCGGGUCGCUCGAAGACAGCAUCUGUUUCUCUGCCCGGCUGGAGCCCUAGUGAAGCACGCUCUUCAUUUAUGAGCCGAGGAAACAAGAACAAAUCUGGCAGCAGCAGAACCCUCUCCAAGUCUGAUGAUCUGUCCAAUGAAAUCAGUGCCGUUCUAAAGUUGGACAACACAGUUGUGGGACAGACCCAUUGGAAGCCAGUUAGCAACCAAUCUUGGGACCAGAAGUUCACGCUGGAACUUGACCGGUCUCGUGAGCUGGAGAUUGCUGUGUAUUGGAGAGACUGGCGCUCGCUGUGUGCAGUGAAGUUUUUACGUCUAGAGGACUUCCUGGAUAACCAACGGCACGGCAUGUGCCUCUACCUGGAACCACAAGGAACACUGUUUGCCGAGGUUACAUUUUUUAACCCAGUCAUUGAGAGGCGACCCAAACUACAAAGACAAAAGAAAAUCUUCUCCAAACAGCAAGGUAAAACGUUCCUGCGUGCCCCUCAGAUGAACAUCAACAUCGCCACCUGGGGCAGGUUGGUGAGAAGAGCCAUUCCGUCAGUCAAUACCUCAUUCAGUCCUCAGGCGGCUGAUCUGGGUUCAGCGAUGAGCCAUGAAACCGCACCCAUGGGCCACCCAGAUGCCCACUCUCUACCCAGCGACCCCACUGUGACCAAAUUAGACUUCGACAAAGCAGUCACACCACCCUCAAAACGAAACUCUAUUGAAGUGGAGAUUGAGGAAACCGCUCCACCAGAUAAGAUCUCAGAUGGGAAAGAGGUCCAGGAUGCCCUCGCGACCUUUGACUUCCUGAACAACACAGUAGCAAAACCAGAUUAUGACAGUCUGGUUGAACAUGAGCAGCCUGGCUUGGAACUUACUGAAAUUCAGCGAAAAACUGAAAUAAGGGAAGAAGAGGAAGUUCAGUUCAGUUUGUCAGAUUUUAAAUGUGUAGCUGUUCUGGGACGUGGCCACUUUGGAAAGGUUUUACUCGCCGAUUACAAAACCACUGGAGAAAUGUUUGCCAUUAAAGCUUUGAAAAAAGGUGACAUCGUUGCAAGGGAUGAAGUGGACAGCCUGAUGUGCGAAAAGAGGAUCUUUGAGACUGUGAACAGUGUUCGGCAUCCAUUCCUGGUGAACCUCUUUGCUUGUUUCCAGACCAAGGAGCAUGUGUGUUUCGUCAUGGAGUACGCAGCUGGAGGAGACCUGAUGAUGCACAUCCAUGCAGAUGUGUUUUCUGAAACGCGCUCUGUUUUUUAUGCUGCUUGUGUCGUCCUGGGCCUGCAGUUUCUGCAUGACCAUAAAAUAGUGUACAGGGAUUUGAAGCUAGAUAACCUUUUGCUAGACACUGAGGGAUAUGUCAAGAUUGCAGAUUUCGGUCUCUGCAAAGAAGGAAUGGGCUUUAAAGACCGUACUAGUACGUUCUGUGGCACUCCUGAGUUCUUGGCACCUGAAGUUUUAACCGAGACGUCGUACACUCGAGCGGUGGACUGGUGGGGUCUCGGAGUGCUCAUCUUUGAGAUGCUGGUUGGAGAGUCCCCUUUCCCUGGUGAUGAUGAAGAGGAGGUGUUUGACAGUAUAGUUAAUGAUGAAGUCCGCUAUCCCAAAUAUCUCUCCACAGAAGCUAUUUCCAUAAUGAGAAGGCUGUUAAGGCGAAAUCCAGAGCGGCGUCUUGGCGCAGGAGAACGAGAUGCGGAGGAAGUAAAGAGGCAUCCUUUCUUCAGAGAUAUGGAUUGGCCUGGACUACUGGCAAAGAAGAUCCGGCCUCCGUUUGUGCCGACCAUCACAAGCCGUGAGGAUGUUAGCAACUUUGACGAUGAAUUCACCUCAGAGGCACCAAUACUGACUCCACCUCGAGAGCCCAGGAUUCUGACGCUCGGCGAACAGGACCUGUUUGCAGACUUUGACUACAUCGCUGACUGGUGUUAACCCAGAUCCUCGUAAGCCCCACUCACACACAUACUCAACACUGAACAACAGCUCCCUCUCUGAUGGACACGGCGCAGAAGAAACUGCUUGUCCUUUAAAGCUCUUACUAGUGCCAUCUGAGGGAUUGGCAAGAACUUGAAUGACGAAGUGUUGGCAGCCCGAUGUGGCUUUUUUAUGGUCAGAGCACUGGGACACUCAUUUUGGUGACCAUUACAAACUUAUGAGGAUUCAACAGGAUCAACUGAAGCUUCCCCUCUCCAAUUUUCCACAUUUUCUCUGCUAUCAUUGACUAAUGUGCCUAAUGUCUUCAGAUUUUGGGGGCAGACACACACAACUGAAGAACUGAACCUGAACAAGGUGUUAAAUUGAAUUUUUCACACCGUAAGAGAUGCAUCUUGAAUGAAGAGCAAGCUCAAGCAGAACUCUUUAAAUAUUUAUUUCUUGCAUUUCCCUUUAAUGCCUUAAAAUCUUUACAGGGCUUCCAAACAAUAACCAGGUACAAAAAAGACCAACCAAAGCGUUCCUGCCAAAUGUUCUUCUACCCUUUCUAUUGGAUUAAAAUAAAGAGCUUGGCCAUCAAGAGCACAGAUGAAUGAACUUGAAUUUUUAUUAAGUCAAAAUUAAAGAAAGCUUGGAUUAAUUGAUAUCUUGAGAAUCUUUUUUCAAUCGUGCUGUAAAAGCAUUCUUGUACUCCAAUCGUCAACAAGAAAUGUAAGUUAUAGUUUUAUACUGUGUUUUUUAGAAAAUUAGCCAUUUGGAUCUGCUGUAUGUUAUGACAAUGGUUGUACACGUAUAUAUGAAUUGUAAGAUUAUCAUUUUGGAGAGGGCAGCUCAAAGUUGAGAGCAAUUCUGAACUUUUCAAAUGGAAUGUAAAAAUGUAUAUUCAUAAAAACAACACACACACACACACACACACACACACACACUAAAAAUGUAUAUUUUUGGCAUGUGGUCAUGCCAAAGCUGGCUGUAUGUUUUAUUAGGUGAUGUUUUUUUAAAGGAUAUUUGUAGUCUAUUUCAGAUCUUUGUAAUUUUGCAGCGAUUUCUCACAAUUUAGCCAUUUUGUGGUUGUAUAUGUCAACAUUAAACCACCUUUAAAAGAGAUGCUUUCACCAUUCCUACUUGUUUGACACAUUUGUUCCUACAGUGAGCUUAUGAUGGACUCCUGCCAACAAUUCCACUCAAGUGUAUCCUGAAACCUUUCUCAAAUACAUUCUGUACACCAACUGA